AUGGGUUGGAGGGACUUCUUCAAAAGACGACUGACUACUCGUUCAAAACAAACAGGAUUUAGUUUCAGCGCUAGUUCUGUCAAGAGAUUCAAUGACACCGGUACCGGCAGCGAGCAUCUGUUCGACAUCCUUCUUAUUUGCUCCUCAACCUCCAAUUCCGCGCUUGCACCUAGUCUGUCAGCGGCCGAGCAUUUCUUUUCCAUCUGUAAAAUCCCUUAUCGCAUAUCAAGCAUCACCCUUGACGAGAGGGAGAUAUGCCAAGACGGCCGAGAGUCUUUUGACGAGACUGUCAGAAGGUUACAGAGCUUCAUAGAGUCUUCACGACUCAAAGGUCUGAAAAGAACUCAAUCCUUUUCAAAGUCUGAUACUAGCACAACGCCUCAUCUCAUCAUUCUAGCCGACACUCUCGGCUCCAUUCUAAUCAGGGGAGUCGCACUAAAGUUUUGCUCCGGGGCGCCGACCAACACUAGACUGAUGGUGUUCUUCCAAGAGAGUAACUUUCCGUACGAACGUCAAUUCUUGGACGACAAGUACUAUGAAGAGAUAUAUGCCAGUGUGGGCGAAAUCAUCACUGAAUUCGAUUACAGGGUUCUCGAGGAUAUCAGCCCUGACCUAAACCGCGCAAUAUGGUUGUCUACACGUCGACGUGAUCCUGCUGCUAUUAAGUGCAAUAACAAAAUUUUUCGGCAUCUGUUAAAGACUGCCUUGGAGGAGACCCUUGAUCGUAUUGAAUCCGGAUUAAAGAAACACGCCACCUCCACGUAUGCAUCAGGAUCUGCUGCCGAUGCAUUCUUCACACAGCCACAACAGUACAAAGACUUCCUUGCUAUUCAACCCGCUCCACCAUCUUCAACGGAGCAACAUUUAAAAAAUCAUCAUGAUUCAAUCGAGGGCGUACAGCGUAUCAAAAGCCCUGCUAGACGCGUGCAAAUGACGACGACGGGUAGGAUCUUAGUGCAACCACCUCAGCCACCACUUAUCGCGAUACCGGAGACGAGGUCAAAUGUUGGUAAAAGUGCUCUACAUCCCAGCAAAGCAGUUCGGAACGGCCCGAGCAAUGAUGCAUGGAAAGAUUUGAGGGACCAGGCAGAGGCACGCCUCGAAAGUGGCGAUAACAAAUAUGCGCUUUUGAUGUUUGACGAGUGCUUAAGAAUGGCAAUCCCUUACGAUACAGCAAUUUGGGAGAUCAAGUCAAGCUUAGCAUUUGCUCGUAUGAUGCUUGGGCAUUAUGUUAAAGCAGAACAAGAUCUACGUCAGUUACAAGAAGAGCUUGGUAACUUUAUCGCGGAAUAUAAGCCCGAGCCGACCAUCACUCACAUUCAUGGGACUGUCUUGCUUUAUUAUGCCCUCGCAUUAUUAAGGUUGGGUAGGUAUAGCGACAUGGACAGAUGCCUUCGAGAGAUCGUACUCGUGGAUGAGCAUGAGAAAUCAUCAAAGAAACCGCUCAGAGAACAACAAAAGAGCCACACGUUUUCAGCGUCAGUUUGUCGACUCCGAGCCCUAGCAGCAGCACAGUUGGGCAAAUUUACUUCUCAGACGAUAAAUGAUGAAUUGAGGAAUGCCGAUAGGUGGUGCGAGAAGCUGGGAGAUGUCCAGUCUUCUGAGCCUGUCAGGAUUUCGAAUGUCCUCAACAAAUGUCGAAUCAGCACGCUCAGAGGCCACUACGCAGUCGCAUUAUCCAUGCUGCAACCGGAAUUGAUGACAACGAUUUCUGAGAUAGGUGAAACUGAUAUUCUGACCAUCGAGGUUGCAUUGCUGUGUUCAUUCCUCCACAUUGAAACUGGACAUAUUAGUGAAGGGAGACUGAUAUGCGAGAGGUAUGCUAAUGUGAUAGAAGAGAUUCUGGGCAAUGAACAUCCUCUUGCACUGGAGGCGGAACAUAUUUUAAUCACGGCAUCACAUCAAGAAGGCAAUUUUUUCAAUGCACUGGACGAUUCCAUCUCCCUGUGCCGCCGUUCCGGAUCCAAUGUUAACUUGGGUCACAAGCAUCCAUCAACGCUAAAAUACAAGACCCAACUUGGGACUCUCUAUAUCGAGUGUGGGCUCUAUUCUAGUGCCGAAGAUCUCCUGAAAACAGCUGUGGAAGAUUCGCAUCACCCUGAGACUUUGAAAGGCUGCACUCAGCUGGCACUAGCUCAAUAUCACCUUGGAAAACUGGACAUGGCCGAGAAGACAAUAUUCAAAGCUCUUUAUGGUUACUUUCUCCACUAUCUUCGGUUCGACAAAGACAAGUUGUGGUUGGAGAGUGACUCCAGCAAGAGCAUUCGACAGUUCUUGAACGAUAGUCCUCUACUACAUGGUGUUCAACAAGCUUUCAAAGCAGCGAAACCCGACUGUGCAAGGCACCCCGAUAUCCUAUACUCUCUAUUGACAUGUGCUAAGAUCGUGUCAAGAGAGCCCAGGACAGAUUUGGGACUCGCCCUUCGCAUCCUUCGACUAGUGCGUGAUGCUGCAAUGAACAUGUUCGGGCAAUUCCACACGCUAGCACUCCAGGCCUCUCUUACAAUGGGAGGGAUUCUUUCAAAAUCUGCAAUGAGAGAUGUGGAUGAUGUCGGGGGCCAGGAACAUUGCAGCGAGGCCAUAUCAUCUUUUGAUUUUAUUCUUCAACCAAGUACUGUCCCACUACAUUCUACGACAUGCUUUGUUGAAGAAUCGGACCUCUUCCUAGAUAGUGAUCAUCCUAUUCUCCUCGGUGCCAGGCAAGAGCGCGUGUUGUUAAAUAUACUUUUUUCGCCACCUGAAGCUGGCAUUGAGCAUGUUCUUGACGGCAAGGAUGAACUCAAUGCCAUCUUGACGGCGCAGAGGAAUCGACUAGGGCCAUACCAUCGGCAAACGGUAAAGACACAGACUACCAUCCUAAGUCUCGAGGUUUCCUUUUCAACUCCUUCCCCAGAUGUCAAGGAUAUUUUUAAAGACAUAGUCGGACCACUUGCGAGUGGUGAUGCUGAACAAGAAAGGUUUCUAGAAUGUUUGCUCUUACGGGAGAGGGUUGCGGGCAUUGUAAGGGAUCGACAAGAACUGCUUGGGGAUGAUUUCAAAGACUUAUUAGGUCAUAUCAGGAGUCAGAUAAAGAAAGGGGAAGAUAUGGAGGACUUGUCCAUUCGAGGGGCUGUCAAGAGGGUGAGGCAACGGACAAACUCCAUGAUGCGAGACCUGUGA